AUGGUUCUCGCUUACCCAGCUGGUGGCGCCACCAUGGCCUUGGUCGUGGUUGGCCUGUACAUGCUCUUCCACGGAGAGGGUGAAGCAUUCAAUGUCGGCCGCUUCCUCGAGGAGGUUUCCCCCUAUGCCUGGGCCAACAUCGGCAUUGCCAUGUGCAUCGGGUGCUCUGUGAUAGGAGCCGCAUGGGGUAUCUUCCUUACCGGAUCGUCCAUCGUCGGCGGCGGCGUCAAAGCACCGCGCAUCCGCACCAAGAACCUGAUCUCGAUUAUCUUCUGCGAAGUUGUGGCCAUCUACGGUGUGAUCAUGGCGAUCGUGUUCUCCACGAAACUCAACGCCCUGUCAGAAGAGGCCCUCCACACCACCAGCAAUUACUAUACCGGCUACGCACUCUUCUGGGGCGGCAUCACCGUCGGCAUGUGCAAUCUGAUCUGCGGUAUCUCCGUCGGCAUCAAUGGCAGCGGUGCUGCGUUGGCCGAUGCGGCCGACCCGAGCCUGUUCGUCAAAAUCCUUGUCAUUGAGAUCUUUAGUUCUGUGCUCGGGCUGUUCGGUCUGAUUGUUGGCCUCUUGGUAGCCCAACGGGCGCAGAGUUUCGGCGCUGCUUAA